AAUAUCAAACAUAUUUUAAAUAGCAUAGCGAUCAUGAAAACCUCCAGAUGGAUAUCAGUAUAUUGCUUACUGAUUAUAUCCCAACUUAAUCUGGUCAAUGGGUUCUCAUCUCUCGCUUUUAUUAGAGAUUUAGUAGAAGCAGAAGACGAUGUCAUAGAGUUUUUGAAAGAAUACUGCGACUCUUUACAGAAAAUCAUAGACAAAUUACCAAAAACAGAAGAUGCUCAGUAUGAAAAAAGAUUUCUGGAGGGCAAGAAAGACUGGAUAUUUGAGAUCCAAAGAAAGAAAACAGAAACGUCGCAACAUAAAGAAGAAACGUUGGCGAGUAUUUUACAUCCCACAGGGGCAGUAGGUGUCGUGACAUCAUUUGCGGCUGGUAUUAAAGAAUUAAAGAAAAUACUUAAUUUAAAGGAUUUCGCCAAUCUCACAAAGAGAAUUCAAGUACAGGUGCCUACCGUGGAAGACAUAAAGAAAGCGUAUAUUUCGUUAAUUCGGUUACAAACAACAUAUGAUAUACCCACAAUUGACAUUUAUACUGGUAAUAUAUCUGGUCACCAAGGGAGACCACUUGGUCCACCCGAAGCCUUCACAUUAGGUCGCCUCUGUGUAGAAUAUGGACUUUUCCAUGAAGCUGUAGAAUGGUUACAGACGGCUUUUAUUGAUAAGAGAUCAAAUGAUACAUAUUUAGAUGUUGAUAUAUUUGCUUUACUGUCACAGGCAUUCUACAUGGGUGGAUACACUACUAAAGCAUUGGUAUAUUUGGAAAAGGCUGCAAGUCUAGAUCCUCGAAAUAUUAAUGUAUUAAAAAUUAUGAAGAUAAGAAUCACGGAUGCUAAUGAUCUUUACACAUUUUAUGAUCAUGCCUUGAAUGGUGCUGAAGAUCCCACGUUUCAGAAAUAUAAAGAAACGUGUAAACAAGAUUCUACACUAUUGAUUGACCACGUAAGCAGAUAUAACGUAUGUAGAUAUAAAGCGGGAUUCCUUCCAUAUAUUUUGUAUAAAGAGGAGAUCCUUCAUUGGAGCCCGUAUGUUUCAAUCUUCUAUGACGUUUUAUCUGACGAGGAAGCUGAAUUGAUGAAAGCUGAAGCAAAUCCAGUGUUAUGGCAGAGUAGAACAUUGGGUGGCGAAACCCUAGAUAGGACAAGCGCAAAUACAUUUUUAUCCGACGAUUUGCACCCAUAUCUUGAAAGGGUGUCCAAAAGAAUCGGUGCGCUGACUGGUCUGAAUACACAACAAAAUCUAGAAGCAACGUCAUCAGCUGAACCAUUCCAGGUGGUAAACUAUGGAAUAGGGGGUGAAUAUAAAUCACAUGUAGAUUCAGAUCCGUCGCUUUCUACUUUUGCUGUGGAUGAUCUAACAAAUGCUGGUGAUAGAAUUGCUACAUUUCUUAUAUAUUUAUCAGAUGUAGAAUAUGGAGGUGCAACAGUUUUUCCACAUCUUCGAAUUAAAAUGACACCAGAAAAGAAAUCGGCCAUCUUUUGGUACAGCUACCCUCCCAAUGAUAAUGAAAUAUUAGAAUUGUCAGUACAUGCUGGAUGUCCUGUUGUAUUAGGUGAAAAAUGGGUGUCUAACAAAUGGAUAUGGGCUUAUGGCAAUAGUUUUACUCGGCCGUGUGGAUUAACUCCUGAUUAUACUCAAUUACGUUUAGAAUGUGAACAUGGUAACUCACCAUUCAGAGAAAAUUGUACAAAGUUAGAAAGCGAAUAUAUUGACAUAAUGUCAAAAGUGAUUACCAAUGGACAACAUAAUGUUACUGAUAAUUUACCGUUUUGAAUGAAUGCUGUCAUUAAUAUAGGAAAUAUAAUUUUUGUCGUCCUGUAAUGACAACUUUGACUUCAAUUCUAAAACCUACAUUCCAAUAUUUUACAAAUAGUUUCAAAAUUCAUAAUGUCGACUCCUUUAUUUUAGGUCUAAAUUGAUACCUGGUUUCUUACUAUCGCAAAGGUUGUUCCCAAAUCUUGAAUUCUUGGAGUUUAACAACCUUCAGGUCAAAAUGUAUCUUAAAAAUCAUGCAGAUAUUAAACAAAAAAGAUUCUUUUUUCUGCACAAAAACCCCCAGAAAGUUUGUCCUCUAAUAACUAACUCCUUGUAAACGAUCAAAUAUUUAUGAAAAACCCAACUUUGCUAUCCAAUACUGUAUGAACAUAAUUGUAGCUGAAAACAUGACCCUUUAUUUAUAAUAAAAGUUUCCAAAUAUA